AUGUAUGACGACCCAGACCUCUCUAGCAGGGAUGCCCGUCUGGAUUAUGCCAACAGCCCGUCCGUUUUUAUGAUGGCGUCAACAACUACAGCUACUGCUGGCAUAGCCAAAUUGCCCAUAUCUAUUUGCAAGUGCAAGCAGAUGGGCAGAUCUGCCAUGUAUACUUCAUUAGCAAGCCGCAUCUGCUGCGCAUUCAGGUAUUGUUUGGAAGCACAGAUCGCACCGGAGCUUCAACUGCGCCAUCUUGUUUGCCGAAUGCCUGCUCUCUCUCAGACUUCGAUUAGAGCUUUCGGUCUCGGAUAUGAGGAUGUCGCGGCGAAGGGGCCUCAUACUUCUGAACCCCUAACCUACCCUUUGUCUCGAAUUUGCCAGAUCGGGACACAGUCGGAGUCGACUCUCAUCGGUUAUAGCCUAUAUCUGAUCGAACAGGACCAACUUUUCUCUCUCGAGGGACAAUCUUCUCCAGUCUUCGUUCCUUCCAACAUCAAGAAUCAAGAUUCUACAACAUCGUCCGAUGACUCGGCCUCGACCAACUCCCCAGACCUGUUAUGCCUCAGAGGAUCACGAAUACUUUGUACUCCGGCAGUACCAUCACCACUCCUGGCCGCCCUGAGACUCGGUCGCCCGAAUCCAAGAGCCAGUGUCAACACGACCACCGAACCGGAUUCUGGAUGGUCUACUGCAGCAUCACCGCUUUCUUUCGAACAAUUAUACAUGGAAAAGGCAUAUCUGAUGGAUUCAUUGAGCAAACAGGGCGAACGCGAGAUCAACCUCAUGCGAAGGCUGUCGAUCCUCCAGGAGAAUGUUGACAGUGGGUUGCCCUCUGACGAGCGCCGCAAGGCAAGAAAGAAGAUAGCUCUGCUCAAGAGCAAGAUCGUCGAUGCCACGGCACAAAAGAAGAUCAUUCUCCUGCGGCUCGGCGAUAUCUACGUGGAGCUUCAGAGCCGCGAGACCUGGAUGCAGAUACAACACGAACUCUACGAGAGAAGAUACGCAUGGUGGUCCGUCGAUUCACCCAGUGCUUCCGCUUAUGCUACAACACCGUCCGAUGUAACAUCGAUGAUACCGACGCCACUGAACGCGGCCUCCCCGGUAUUCUUUCCCGCGGAAUGUCAUCCGGUAUACAACACGUGGGACGUAGCGGCUCCUCGCUUUGGAGAGCAUUGGUAUGAGGUGUAUGAUACAAGGCCAGCUGGAUCAUGGGCCGAUUUUGGUCAACAUCCUGAGGUUCUUGCGGAAAACUUGGGGAAUCAUGGCUUACAAUUUGUUUAUGGGUUGAGGGCGGGGGAUUCGCGGCAGGAUGGUAUCAAAGGCCAGGACCAGGAAUCAAGCCAGGAGAUUGAAACUCCGAUAUCGGGCAGAAGAAGUAGUCUACCCUCGUUGAAAAGCCUCUGGCCAGGGGUUGAGGGGCUACGCAGACCAGGCGAAAAGGAGAACGAGCCAGUAUCGCAGGUCUAUCAGAACUAA